CGCUGUGACGUCACGAAUCAGCUGAAUAUCAGGGUCAGUAUGCCACUGAUCGUGCGCACGUGCGCACGACGCAUGCAGGAGAUUGACAGAAAGGGGAUGCCGAAAAUAAGGGUUGACAAGAGACUGACGGAAACAAAGGAUAAUGCGGAAUAAGAUGCAUCCCUACUGGAAUUUCUGCCGCAGGCGGGACACGAGAAAGUAUAUACUUUCACACUACAGUCGAUUUCCGACUAACAGUACAAACCGUCAUGGAUAUGGCGAUGGAGGUCAGGAACAAGCGCAUUCUGCACUGGAGCUGCCGGGGUCUCACAGAGCUCCCAGAGGUGAUAAGACUGCACGGUGGUCACGUCAAGGAGAUAUAUCUCAAGUGGAACGAGCUCACCACUCUGCCUCCCUGGAUCGCCGAGCUGUACAACAUGACCAACUUGUACUUGUACAAUAAUCGGAUUGAACAGUUGCCGGUGGAACUCGGCGAUAUGAGCCAGUUAACGGUGUUGGACUUAAGUACCAACAGAUUGCAGCUGGUACCUGCCUGCAUCGGCAAUCUGAAGAAUCUGAGAUACUUAUCCCUUGACAACAACCUCAUAGACAGAUUAUCGGUUGAAUUAAGUCAACUGAAUAAUCUGGAAGUACUGUCCAUCUCGGGUAACCAGAUUGUCACCCUACCAGAAUGGAUCGGCUCCUUCCCAAAACUUCGAGAACUAUACGUGGAUGGCAAUCGAUUGAGGGAAUUACCCAACAGAUUAACUAUAGCUCCUAAUCUUACCCUGAUCUCUGCGUGUGAAAACAGGUUGACAUAUUUGCCAUUGAAUGGAUUUCUAUCGGCUCCCUAUAUUCGAGUCGAAGGAAAUGAAUACUUAAAUUAUAUAUCGUAUCCGCUUCUACAACAAUUAUACCCCCAUUUAAGGCACUCUCUUAUCUUUUAUAAAGACGCCUGUAAAGACGUGACAUCCAGAUAUUUUAAGACGCAUUAUGACACAAAUGGAUUAAGCAUAAAAUUGCACAUAAAAACGAAAGAUUUUUUCCCAAUAAACUACGAUGCUACAAUCGAAUUACCACGGCAGCUGCUAAAGGUUCACGAGGUUCACGAGAAUGUGACUUGCUCCCUGUUGGAAUUAGCGCUGAGAAAAGUUUAUACCGAGAGGUAUAAGCACACGCUCGACAUUCCCGUUUUAUCCGAAAAAGGGAAAGUAACGGUAUUCUACGAACAGCUUCAUAAAAAUACCAAACUGGACUUUAUAUUGUCCACGAAUAAUAUUUUGUAUAGUUUAUUAACGAACGGACCCACUAGUAUCUGCGUAAAUUCUCAAUGUCAGCAACCGAUAUUCACAGAGGCGUGGAUCAUCAUCGAUAUGUGUAAUCCCACCGUAUGGCGCACAAUAACGAUCGCUCUAUGUUGUAGCAGAAGUUGCGCCAUUGCGUUCGCACACUCGAAUGCGACUAACAAUCCUGAUUGCCACUGCGUCAAUUGAUGAACCCUCCUUGUUAGCGUCGCGGCUACCAAUAGCGGCUGUUCAAUAAUGCCCAGUAGGAAUUCAACGAACAAAUCCCAUGACAUAACGGCGGAUUAUCGAGUUAAAUU